AUGGAGGCAAAAAACAACUUACUGUGUAAAGUACAAACGGAACAGAAGCAUGGCCGUAAAGUUUUGUGCAAUCUGGUCAUGGAUUCAAUGGCAAUUAGGCGGCGAAUAGAAUGGAAUGGCCAAAAGUGGACAGGAUACAUUGACUUGGGUUUUGAUAUGGAUGGAGAUAAACUUCCUGAGGUUAAAGAAGCAUUGGUUAUGAUGCUAGUGGCUAUAAAUGGCAAAUGGAAGCUACCUGUAGGAUACUUCUUCAUCAGUGGUCUAAGUGGAGAGGAACAGGCAAACUUAGUAUCAAAUCUUCUUACUUUUAUUCACGAUACAGGUGUUAUCAUUUGUUCAGUAACAUUUGAUGGGGCCUCUCAAAAUAUUUCGAUGAUAAAACACUUGGGAGCUGAUCUGAAAAUUGGAAACUUAAAAACCUGGUUCCCACAUCCAGUUGAUUCGCACAGGGUGUACGUUUAUCUCGAUCCAUGUCACAUGCUAAAAUUAAUCAGGAACUGCUUAGCAACUUAUAAAAAUUUCAAGACAGAUCAAAAUGAGUUAGUUUCUUGGGAAUACUUUGAAAAGUUGGUAAACAUUCAAAACAAUGAAGGCUUAAGAGCUGCUACCAAAAUUAAAGAAAGACAUGUGAAAUGGGAAAAUGAAAAAAUGAAGGUAUGCCUAGCAGCACAAACAUUCAGUAAAAGUGUUGCUGAUGCACUGAGGUUUCUGGAAACAGAUUUAGGUUUGAAAGAAUUUGAAGGUGCUUCAGCAACUGCCAACUUUGCUGAAAUGAUAAAUAAUAUUUUUGACAUUUUUAAUAGUAAUUCGAGAUACUCAAAAUACGAAUUCAAACAAGGCUUAGAUGUCAAUAAUGCUCAGCAGAUAUUUGUAUAUUUGGAACAGUGCAAGACAUACUUUGAAGGUCUUAAGACAGAAACAACCCCAGUACUUCAAUGCAGAAGGAAAACGGGUUUCCUGGGAUUUUUGAUUUGUAUGGCUAGUUUACAGCAAUUUUAUCUAGAAUAUGUCAUUGAAUUCAAAUACUUGAAUUACAUAUUGACAUACAAGCUGUCCCAAGACCAUAUUGAGCUAUUUUUUAGCGCAGUGCGUAGUAAGGGAGGAUGUAAUAAUAAUCCAACUGCUCGACAAUUUGAAAGUAUUUUCAAGAGAUUACUUUUGCAUUGUGACAUUAAGGGCUCCAAGUAUGGAAAUGUUGUUUCACUGGACAACACUAGUAUUCUAGGCACUACAUAUAUCAACACUUUGACUAAAACUAAUUGUGGCAACAUUCUUUCAGAGAAUGAUGAUUAUAUGGAGAAUACUACAGAAGUUUUAAUAUUUGGUAGUUGUUCAUUACAUCUGUGGCAGCUAACUCCGUAUGUCUGUGAUAUUGUCGCAUACAUAUCUGGCUUUGUGGUGAAAAAUUUGAAAAAGUGUGUAUCUUGUCAUGAAUGCCUGCUGCUAAUGGAAUCCAGUGAAACACGUUCUUUGUUGCAAAAAAGGAAGCAAUAUGGCAACUUAACACGAGCUUCUAAUUAUGUUAUAAAAGUCUGUGAAGAAGGGGAGAGGUCUGUAAGGUCCUUGAAAGCCAUUUCCAGCAUAUUUAGCAAUAAACUUGGAAACAUCGAAAAAUACUUAGUAAGCUAUACACUAAGGAAGUUAAAUACAUCAAUAUUUGAAGUAUUUGGUGACCAUAUUCUAGAUGAUAGCUUCGAAAACAAUCAUUCACUGCAGCUGACAAAGAUGAUUUUGGCUAAAUACAUAAGGCUAAGGUUACACCACGAGUCAAAUUUAGCAUCAGAAUUUGGUAGACGAUACAGAAGUGACCUCACAAAAAGCAUACUAUUCAGAAAUCAGUAA